AGCUGCAGCUUGCUCACCUGGAAGGACCCAAAGAAGUCUGCCAUCACGCUUGGCUCCAUCCUGACCUUCCUUGUCCUCAUCAAGUGGGUGAACUUGGUGGCCUUGUUUUUCCGUCUUUCGACGUUCAUAUUGCUCAUCUCCGGCGUGGCAGAGUACGUGGGCAAGUUCUUGACCGGCACGGGGUUCGUGACCAAGUUCAAGCCACAGCCUAAGGCGUGUAUUGGCGAGACCGCCGACUACUACGCACCUCACGUCGUCACGAUCUUGAAGAAGAUCGAGUUGCAGACCCAAUCCCUCUACACCGCGGUCGACGUUGAAACGACCUUGAGAACAGGCGUCUUGGCCUUCUUCCUGUACAAGUUGACAAGCGCCUUCUCCCUCUGGACCUUGGCAUUCACAUCCGCCGUCUUGGCAUUCACUGUUCCACCAGUGUACCUCUCCAACAAGGAGGUGAUUGACAAGAACAUUCUCAAGGGCGUCCAAUUGGGCAAGGCCAAGGCGUCGGAAGCAUACAAGACCGCCGAGGUCAAGUUUGGUCCUCAGCUCGAAAAGGCCAAGAGCGCUGUUGCCCCAGCAUGGAAGCUGAUCGAAUCCAAGCUCCCUGUCAGAACCGCAGGCACCACUGUGGGA